AUCUAAAAUAACUGCGUGUAUUUGUUGUUGUAUCCUGUCCUAUCGAUACAUGUUAUAUAAGAUGUAUCUUAUCUAUUUCAAAUUAUGAAAUUAUUAGUAAAUAGUUCAGUGAAAGCCUACUGAUAAUUAUUCUGAACAUACACACUCCAUACUGUAGAUGUCUCCAGAAUACAUACACAUUUACUUUUUACAACAGCUCCAUAGAAGCACCAUAGAAGAAAAUAACCAGGAAGUGAUAGUGAUAAAGAAUUAGCACAGUUGUCCUGGGAGAAGUUGAUGGAGCUGCCAGCAACAAAAGGAAUUGAGAAGGUGAUCAGCUGCUUCAGGAAGAGGCCAGAUGCUGUGGCCAGGCUCAUCUGUUUCCCCUGGGCAGGUGGAGGCUCCAUUCACUAUGCACGCUGGGGAAACGUCCUCAACUGCUCCGUAGAAGUGUUGGCUGUCAGACUUCCAGGCCGAGAGAGCCGAUCCAAAGAGCCGUUCCAUCAGAGCAUGCAGCAAGUUGUGGACGAGGUCAUUGCUGCGCUGUUACCGCUGCUGAAAGAGAAGCCGUUCGCUCUGUUUGGACACAGUUUCGGUGCCUACACCAGUUUUGCUGUGGCAGAUGCUUUGAAGAGAGUGCAUAACCUGGAACCUACGCACAUCUUCCUGUCUGGUGCCUCUGCACCUUAUUCGGAGAUGCGUAUCAAAGCCCCAAAAAGAAGCGACCUAUCAGAUGAGGAUUUCCUGCAGUGGAUGAUUUCGAUUGGAGGAACUCCUCCCGAGCUGCUGGCCAACCCGGAGGUUCUGAAACUCUUCCUCCCUGCGCUGAAGGCUGACCUGCACGUUGUGGAGAACUACAGGUGCAACAAGCCAGAACAUCCAUUCCUCUCCAGCCCGCUCACCUGUUUUGAUGGAAAGUGCGACAUUCCUCAUGACUUACAAGCUUGGAAAAGCAUCACUUCAGGAGAUUUCACCAUCAGGAUGCUGGAUGGAGCCCAUUUUUACCUGAAAGAUUCUGGGAAUGAAAAGAUCCUUUUAGAUUACAUCACAAAGCAGGUGGAAACAUCAGAAAUGGACUAUUUAUAAUAAUCUGUAAAAUGUAAUGUGUUUUUAUAUAAAAUAAUUGUUUACAAAAAUAAUUCUUGAUACAUACUGGAAGUGUAAUAUUGUGUGGGAAAUUAAUUGUUUUAUUUUUUUCUUAAAUUAAAAGAGUGUUUGGAGGAUAUUAAAAAGUGAUUAAUUAAAACCUGAUUGUUGAUCUAUAAAUGUUAUACUAGAAUAUUGUUAAUGUAUGGAAAGAGUCUUUGGAAAUAAACGUACGUUUACGCACUA